AUGUGGGGAAUCCACAGGAGCCGGUACCGGAGCGGCUCCGGAGCCAGCGAGGAGCCCGAAAUUGUGGUGAACAUCGGCGGGCUGAAACAGGUGUUUUUCCGGGACGUUCUCGACCGUUUUCCGGAGACCCGACUGGCCGAACUGGUGAACUCGGUGUCACCCGUCCCUACGGAGGAAAUCUCCUCCUUGUGUGAUGAUUACGACCCUGAUAAAGGAGAGUUUUAUUUCGACAGGGAUCCAGAUGCCUUUAAAUGCAUCACGGAGCUUUAUUAUUACGGCGAGAUCCACAUCAAGCGAGGCAUCUGCCCCAUCUGCUUCAUGAAGGAGAUGGAUUUUUGGAAAAUUGACUCGGAUUACCUGGAUGAGUGCUGCAAGAGCCACUUGAAUGAGGUGGAGGAUGAGCUGGAGGAGAUCGCCGAGAAGGUGAGGACCAUCCUGGUGGACCGGGAUGGAGACCCGAGCGUCAGUGGCUGGCAGCGCUUCCAGACGUCCACGUGGCGGUUGAUGGAGAAGCCCGAGUCGUCUUUGGCCGCUCACAUCAUCGCCAUCCUCUCCUUUAUCUUCAUCCUCAUCUCCUCCGUGGUCAUGUGCGUCAGCACCAUACCGGACCUGCAGGUGGAGGACGAGGAGGGGAACCUCACGGAGAACCCCACCAUGGAGUGGAUCGAGACGGUGUGCAUCGGCUGGUUCACCAUCGAGUACGUGCUGCGUCUGCUCUCGUCCCCGAACAAAGUCAAAUUUGCGCUGGCCUUCAUGAACGUGGUGGACUUCAUGGCCAUCAUGCCCUUCUUCGUGGUGCUCCUCCUCACCUCGCUGGGCGCCGGCGUGAUGGAGCUGGCCAACGUGCAGCAGGCGGUGCAGGCUUUACGUAUCAUGCGCAUCGCCCGUAUCUUCAAGUUGGCGCGCCACUCCGCGGGACUCCAGACCCUCACCAGCGCCCUGAAGAGCAGCCUGAAGGAGCUGGGCCUGCUCCUCAUGUACAUGGGCGUGGGGGUGUUCCUCUUCUCAGCAUUGGGAUACACCGUGGAGCAGCACCACCCGGAGACCUUGUUCACCAGCAUCCCGCAGUCCUUCUGGUGGGCCGUCAUCACCAUGACCACAGUGGGUUACGGCGACGUGUACCCCAAAACUACCUUGGGCCGCUGUAACGCCGCCAUCAGUUUUCUGUGCGGCGUCAUCGCCAUUGCCUUGCCCAUCCAUCCCAUCAUCAACAAUUUUGUCCUGUUCUACAAUAAGCAGCAGGUUCUGGAGACGGCCGCCAAGCACGAGAUCGAACUGAUGGCAUUGCGUUCUGACCAGGACGACGGCGGCACCCCCAAACAUGUGUGUGGGACACUCCUGAAGAGCCCCCGCAAGUGGGGGGCGGCCAACCGGGGCCCCAACAUGAACACAAGCUUGGAGAGAAGAGCUGAAAACAAACAUCCAACAGUUCUCUGAACAGUUCCUCACAUGUGGGGUGUCCAAAAUAAGAAAAUAAUCAGUUUCACAGAUGUAUUUCAUCAUGGAUGUACAGUAGAAUCUCGGGUUGUGAAUCCAUUCGGUGACCAAAUCAAAAUGUAAAGUAAUACUUUCCAUUGUAAUGAAUGGGAAUGCAAUUAAUCCGUUCCAGCCAGGUAAGUAGUAAAAAAAAAAAGGACUAAACAAUAUAGAAAAAAAGUGAAGAAGUUAUUAUUAUUCCUCUGUAUAAAUCCGAAUGUUUUUUGUGUCAAAGUGGAAGGUGUGUGACGGCCCACGACAUUGUUACAUUACAUCUCCGCUAGUGUACCUAAUAAAGUGUCCCGUGAGUGAACAAAA